GAAUGCUCAGGCUUUCUCUCGCGAGGAAGGACGCCAUUAUCGGAAUCCUCACAAACAACACGAGAAUUCAUCAUUCACACGACGCAGGUUUGAAUGAUGGCAGAGCAAGAUUUGGUGGAGAUCGUUCAGAUCGCAGUGGCAGAUUUGAAUCAUGAAGGACAUCAAACAGAUGUCCUGGAGAAUAAUGAAGACGCUGAUCCACCAGGCAGGAAACGAGCAAGGUUGGACAUUAGCCAAGAAACCUCUAUUAAGUCGAUGCUGGUGUCCAUCAGUCAGGCUGUCUGCCAGCGGCUGGACAGCAUGGAGGCCAAGCUGCAGGUGCUUGAGGCCACCUGUCGAGGUUUAGUCGAGAAGCUGGACACAGUGAUGGGGAAAAACCAGUCGACCAUCCAGGUCCCCAUGGUGUCAGGCUCCCCGUUUGGAGCCACUCAGACCUGCGACAAAGUACGCUGUGUUGUUCCUCAUACAAACGUUAUAGUGAGUGGAGACCGGCCGAAGACGCGGGAGGAAACUUCACCGCUCGCCUCAGACUCUUUAGAGAACCUGCUCAGCAAUACUGUUGGGCGAGGAAGACAGAAGACGAUAUUGCUGAAGGUUCCCAUCCAGGAAGAGGUUCAGGAGGAUCAGGAAAGUGGCUCUGAAACGAGCGAUUCAGUGUCCAACAGCGGCCAGCCUUUAUCUCAGAAUACCAACAACGUAACACUCAUCACGCUCAACUCAGAGGAGGACUAUCCGGCAGGAACGUGGCUGGGUGAUGAGAACAACCCUGAGAUGCGCGUGCGCUGUCCGGUAUCUCCAGCAGACAUGCUGCACAUCAGCACCAACUGUCGCACGGCAGAGAAGAUGGCCCUGACGCUGCUGGACUACCUGUUCCACCGCGAGGUGCAGGCCGUCUCCAACCUCUCCGGACAGGGGAAGCACGGCAAGAAACAGCUGGACCCGCUCAUGAUCUAUGGCAUCCGAUAUGGAGUGUCGGCCGCAGAGACGUCGGCUAUCGAGACCUCUACCCAGCAGGCUUUGCACUACGCUCUGGCUGGAGCCGCACAGCAAGUCCAGAUCCACCGUAUAGGAGAAGACGGACAGGUGCAAGUCAUACCACAGGGACACCUCCACAUUGCUCAGGUGCCACAGGGCGAACAGGUGCAGAUCACGCAGGACAGCGAGGGCAACCUACAGAUCCACCAAGUACAUGUUGGGCAAGAUGGCCAGGUAAAUGUUCUAAGAGGACCGCAGCUCAUCGCAGUGGCGUCGACCGACGGGACCGGCGGGGUUGACGUGUCUCCACUCCAGGGUAACGAUAUUCAGGUGCAAUACGUCCAGCUGGGAACAGUGACCGACCACACCGGCACAGUACAAGCUGAAGCUCUGACUCCAGCGCUGCAGGCGGAGAUGGACGUGAAGGAGGCCAUUCAGCUCCAGCAAGCCGAGAACGGAGAGGUGGUUCAGAUUCAGAUGCCAGGCACUUGAGUCGCUCGUGCAAACUUCUCACGUGUGCAUAAACAAAGAUAUUCGGCUAAAGCGUCAAGGAGCGGGCGAACCCGAGGAGCGUGGCCACUCAAACUCAAAUUAUCUACCAAAACCACAGCCGUCAGUCAACAAUUUUCAACUAAUUCCAAGUAAAACAAAUGCAAUUUGUUGUAACAUGUCAGCUCGUAUGGAAACUACUGGCCAUCCCACCAAAAACAGUCACGGCGUCCAGUCUGCUUGGUAAUGUAUAAGCAAUGCUGGCUUCAUCGCUGGCUUAUUCAAUCUCUCCGACACUGAACAAAACAGAAAAGAACAGAAGGCUUUUUCCUCUCCGGUCUAUCUGAAGUACCUUUAUACGCAAGGAACAAGCAUGUUUAACUGAAAAUUCAAGCAGACGGUUGAGUUACUGGGUUUAAACCGGUCACAAGUGUCAUUUUUAGUACAUGAGCAUCACACUUUGUAGACUUUUGCUUAUAUGAUAUUUCAAAAAAGCAGCCGUUUAAAAUAUGCUAUAAACCAUAAUCCGAGAUUUUUCCGUUUUGCAAUCCUUUUGUGAAUUUUGUGUGCGUGUGUGUUUGUAUUGGUGAAGAUCUGGGGGUUUAUUUGAGGGCUGCCUGUCUUCAUUCAUCAAUUAUCAAUUUGUUUUCAUAAUGGUUAGUCUAAAUAUUUUUUGUUUAUUGUACAGAAAAAAAUAAACUACUGAAAGAUUUGUGGCGCUUUUGUAGGGCAGUUUACGAAUACACAGGAAAAUGACGACAGUGAACUGUGUUAAUGUAGUAUAUAAAAUAUGUACUUUUUCAUAUAUAUAUAUAUAUA